AUGCGAGCGAGCCUCCAGGUGGCUCCCCUGGAGCUCACCAAGUCUCGGCCUGAAGAGGCUGGCAAUGGCUCUUCCUCACACGACCAGACGCCCAAAGGCGAUUCAAACUUGGACGCUUCGCAUCUUGGCUCCCAAAUGACGCCACCGGUGACUCCCUAUGGCUCGCAAGAGGAUCUGUCCACUCGGCCAGAGUCCCAUAUACCGCCUGUCUUCCACAACUUCCUCCGCGCCUUUUAUCCCUUUGAACCUACUCUCGCAAUGAGUGAUUCUAGCGUUACCCUACCAUUGGAUGAGGGAGAUGUUGUUCUGGUGCACUCGAUUCACACCAAUGGCUGGGCGGAUGGAACACUGCUGGUGUCGGGCGCUAGGGGGUGGCUUCCAACCAACUAUUGCGAGGCGUACGAGCCAGAGGAAAUGCGGAAUCUUCUCAAAGCACUGCUUAAUUUUUGGGACUUAUUACGAAUUACAACUAUUGACGAAGGGCACAUGUUUCAAAGCCAAGAUUUCAUGAAGGGCCUGAUUGGUGGAGUGCGAUAUCUGCUGGAGCGUACUCAAUGCCUAAGUCGAGAAUCUCCUCUCAUUGAGCGAUGCGAGCCUUUGCGGAGAUGUCGCAAAUCCCUUUUAUCAGAACUUUCUUCGCUCGUGAAAACUGCAAAGCGGCUCCAAGAACUUCAACUGGUGGCAUUGGAUUUCCCAGAAGAGAUUAACGACGUCGUAGACCAAAUGAUAUUGAAGGCUUUCAAAAUUGUCACCAAAGGAGUGCGGUUUCUCGACGUCAUGGACGAUGAUAAGCGAGCUCACGUUUCAUUAACGACGACUCUGGCUCCAGUGAUCGAGGAAACGUGCGUUCCGCCUACACCUCCCGCUGAUAGGGCCGUGUUUGGCGAGCAGACACAAACGGCCACGGAUGACCGUGCUUCUGCCGCCGCAACUGCUGGAGAUGCCGUCUCUCAUACAUCCACAGAGACAGGAACCCUAAGUCGACCAGCCCAGGGUGCCCGCUGGAGUAAGCGACUAUCAUCCCUAAGUGCCCAGGUCGGCGCCAACUCCCGCCGACACUCUCAAGUAAGCAUGAACCGACUCUCUGCAAAUAUGGCUCACCGACUGUCGCUGGCUGGACCAUCACCCCUUUCUCGUCCUCACCAUUUAGUCUCUGAGCGUCUCAGUAAAAGCCAUGAUACGUUCCUCUCCCAUCUUGGCUCAUUCAUUGGGCGCCUACACUUGCAAUCUCAGUCACGGCCUGAGCUUGCAACCGCCAUCAAGCUGUCUGCCAUAUCUGGAGGAGAACUCCUGGCCGUUGUCGACGCUGUUUCUGCGCAAAGCAGCUCUAUGAUUGGCGCGUUGGUAUCGUCGAGGGAAUCCUUGCUUGACCGUAUCCAAGAGCUUGUGUUUGCUGCUCGAGAUACUCUAGCGAAUGCGGAAACAGAGGGAGCUGAUAUCAUUAUGCCACAAGACAAUAACAUUAUGCUAAUGUCGGCAACAAGCUGUGUACGAGCAGCUGGUGAAUGCGUUGCCAUAACGAAGGGCGUAAUUGAGAGAACAGGAGACUUUGAGCUCGAGUCUGAUGGCAACGCCCUGCAAUUAGAUUUGAGUAUUCUCGAUGCAACUACAACACAUUCGAGAACUCCAUCAUUGGCAGAGAGAUCUGAGGUUGCUAGCGUUACUGGCUCUGCUCAUACUACGAGUGACUCAAUAAGCUCUUCCGUCAGACGGCCGAGCGUGGUGGCACUUGACAAGCCACUGCCCCGAGUCCCUGACAGCCAGCCCGACGAAGAGUCCACUCCUCAAAACCAAUCUCCCAAGACGUCCCGCCCCCCAUCGGUAGCAGAGGAAACUGUAUCCAGCCCGGCAUCUUCUGCCACAUCUAUUGGCCGAACACUGCCGCAACUACCAAAACUUACCACUACUCCUAUGCCCAGGGAGCAGCAGAGCACAAUCGAAAGCGGCUCUGCUCGGGACCAGGAUCCCCAUUCCUCCUUUGAUAGCAUGGCUGGUUCCAGCGCUGGAAGCAGCACAACAUACAUGAGCCGGGACUCAGAAGUCAGCCUGGUAUCUCAGACCUCAACCCGCGCCACUACUCCUGAUCAUACAAUGGUUCCCCGGAGCCAACCUUCUAUAUCCGAACUGAGCACUACGGGAAGCUCCAUUCACUCCAUCCCCACCGAGGAAGCUGACGAAGCCGAAUCUAAACUUUUAAUGAAGACGUAUGCGCAUGAGCUGGUUUUCAACAAAGAAGGUCAAGUAACGGGGGGUACGCUCCCGGCGUUGGUCGAACGGUUGACCACACACGAGGCAACUCCCGAUGCCACAUUCGUUUCAACAUUCUUCCUGACCUUUAGGCUAUUCUGCACUCCCAUGCAGUUGACGGAGGCGCUCAUCGAUCGAUUCGAAUACGCGGAGGAAUCGCCACAGACUUCAGGCCCCGUCCGCCUGCGAGUAUAUAAUGCUUUCAAGGGCUGGCUUGAAUCGCACUGGCGUGAUGCCGCCGACCGUGAAGCACUGGCGAUUAUUAUCCCUUUCGCAGAGGAUCGGCUUAAUGCCGUCUUGCCAUCUGCUGGCUCCCGACUGCUGGAACUAGCGAAUCGUGUGUCGGGCGAAGGCGCGCUGGUGCCUCGGCUUGUCUCUUCUAUGGGCAAGACAAGCACGGCCAUUGGCCAAUAUGUGCCCGCGGAUCUGCCUCUUCCCUCUUCCGUCAUUUCAAAGGGUCAGCAGAACAUGUUGCAGUCCUUCAAAACUGGCAGCGCUUCGCCAACCAUACUCGACUUUGAUCCGCUGGAGCUCGCUCGUCAAUUGACCAUUAUGCAGAUGACCAUUUUCUGCGCCAUCUUGCCCGAGGAGCUUUUGGCCUCUCAGUGGAUGAAAAAGGGCGGAGUGAAUGCUCCCAACGUCAAAGCCAUGUCUUCUAUGUCUACUGACUUAUCCAACAUGGUCGCUGAAACGAUUCUUCACCAUACAGAACUCAAGAAGCGUGCAGCCGUCAUCAAGCAGUGGAUCAAGAUUGCGCAGCAGUUCCUCGAGCUCAACAAUUACGAUGGCUUGAUGUCCAUCAUCUGCACCCUUAACAGCAGCACCAUUAGUCGCCUGCGCAAAACUUGGGAUACGAUCUCACAGAAGCGCAAAGACAGCCUCCGCCAGUUACAGGACAUUGUAGAGCCGGGACAGAACAACAAAGUUCUCCGCGCCAAGCUGCAAAAUCACGUUCCUCCUUGUCUCCCUUUCCUAGGCAUGUACCUGACUGACUUGACUUUUGUCGACAUUGGCAAUGCGUCAACAAAGCAAGUGGCCGAGGGAGACGGUGCGGAGGGCUUGACUGUUGUCAACUUUGACAAACACACUCGCACAGCCAAGAUUAUCGGAGAGCUUCAGCGGUUUCAAAUCCCAUACAGGUUGACAGAGCUGCCUGAUAUGCAGGAAUGGAUAUCCGCACAAUUCCAGCUCAUCCGCGAAGGAGACCAGGGGAAUGUUCAGGUGACAUAUUAUCGAAAAAGUCUCUUGUUGGAGCCUCGCGAAUCGUCAUUAAAACGAGACUCUGAGCCACCGGCUGCGGCUGCGACACUGGCAGCUCCGUCUACUCGAACUGAUCUUUUUGGCUGGAUGACGCGCAGUGGACAGAGCUCGACGCCAUCAUAG